CUGCUGGUUAACUCAAACCAGUCCUGCAGCUGCCUCAUUGUUUGGAACAUUGCAUGCAUACCAAUAAACUCUGCUCAGGUGCUCCCUCCUUCCCUGGGCAGGUGUAUAAAAGAUGCUCAGGUGGAUGUGAGCAUCACCCGGGCGGCAGAGGUGAACCUGAGCUUCGGCAUGGCCCCAUCAGCACUGCUCCCGCUCCAGCUGCUCCUGCUGGCCUCGCUGGCCAUGGCGUCCCAUUACUACGGGGGGACCACGAGCUUCUCCUACAAAGGCCGAAACCCCGACGGCUCCUUCAACCUGGCCAUUCGAAACCGGAACACCUAUGACGGGUGUGGGUACUCCCUUUACUGGUACUGUUCCAGUGGAAACUGCGGCUCUCCCACCUCCAGCAGUAACUGGAAUGUUAUUGACCGGAGCACCAAUGCACCCAUUUACGAGGGCCAGUGGUGUGAAACUGAAACGGUUCAGACAAGGCGCCUCUACACCAACAAGCCGUUUGAGAUGAGGGCAUCCAGCUGUUGUUGGAUCUCGACUCGUAAUGGUGUUGGGAACUGGAGGCUGAACACUCUGGUGGAUUUAGGAGUGAGGUCGGACACCGGAGAGCCAAACAGGUCCCCGGACAUCGCCAUCCUUCCCUUCCUGAGAGUUCCUCAGAACUGCCCUCGCACUUACAAGCUGGCAUCCUUCGAUCCUGAUGGUGACAGAGUUCGAUGCAGAAAAACGAUCAAAUCUUUUGGCGUUAUUCCUUUGGAUUUCACUGUUUUUGUGGACCCUUAUGAUGCUCCUUCAUGUGUCGAUGGAGAUUACUUUCCCUUCUUUGUGUCACCAACUCCGCAAUAUGGUUUUGAGUUCACUGCUUUCGUCAACCGGACCCUGGAAAUCGAAGUCAGAUCCGUGGCUCAGUAUGCAAAGAUAAAUGACCUGAUUUUGACCGGACCUUUGGGCAUUUCGAAGGAGAGAGUCUCUACAGACACAUUCACCAUAAAAUGGACACCAACUGAAUUCGAUAAAUAUGGUUAUUACCCUAUUUGCUUUGUGUCUGAAGCAUUAAACAACUACCAAGCUUUCCAUUCCGAAAUGCGCUGCGUGACUGUUUAUGUUGCACGGCACGAAGCCACAGUGACCUGCAAUGAAACAACCAUGACCAUUGAAAUUGAGAAGACCUCCGUCAUCAGGAGCCACGAGGGCAGUUUGCAUCUGAACAGCUUCACAGAUUCUUCCUGCAACCUGACAAAGAACUCGAACUCGACCCACCUGGUUGGCGUAAUGCCCCUAAGCAGCUGUGGGACUCUCAUUGAGGAGGACAACGACGAUAUCAUCUUCAGUAACGUGAUCACCUCCGCGGACGUGGGUCAGACCAUCUCUCGGGGGCAGCACGUGGACGUGGCCUUCUCCUGCGCCUACCCAAAGAGGGCCAACCUGUCGCUGGGCUUCUCCCACAAGAACCCCUCUGCCUUCUCGGAGCGGGGCUUCGGCUCCUUCUCCUUCCAGUUUGAGUUCUUCGAGACGGAAAGCUUCGCGCGGCGGGUGGAGGCCAGCAGCUACCCGGUGACGGUCUACCUGAGGCAGAUGCUCUACAUGCAGAUCGACUCCAGCUCCUCCAUCCCCGACACCCAGCUGUUCGUGGAGUCCUGCAGGGCGACGCCCUACGACAACCCCAACGCCCGCCUCAGCUACAGCAUCAUCGAGGACGGGUGCGUGCGGGACCAGACUGUGCAGAUCUACAACAGCUCCAAGGGCCAGUUCAGGUUUGGAAUGGAGGCUUUUGAGUUCAUCGGAACGCACGAUGAGGUCUAUAUCAGCUGCUCGGUCAUCCUGUGUGAGAGCGGCGUCCCCGGAACCCGCUGCUCCCAGGGCUGCCUGGGAUCCCCCCCCCAUCGCCAAAGGAGGGAGGCUGCCGCUCAGACGGGCCGGCACUCCAUUUCCCAGGGGCCUUUGCACCUGGCUGCUGAGGCCCCCGGCAGCAGAUCCUCCGGCCCCGGCUGGAAUCUGGGCCUGAACUCGGUCUUCAUCGUCGGCUGCCUGCUGGUUUGUGGAGUGGUGGUCUAUCGAUCCAGAGGGACCAACGUUAAGUACCAGCCGCUGCCGACCUCCGACCACUGAGCCGCCGGCAGCCCCACAGGAGGAGGGCUCAUGUGGGCUUACAGUCUGUAGGUGACGGAAACCUGAUCCACAUGUUUCUUUAUCCUGCUCAUCUUUGGGUUCCUAAACCUGUUUUAAGUUAACUGGAUGAUUAAGUUAACAAUGAUCUGUUUUCCUUUAGCAUCAUUUUUAUAAAGAUACGUUUUAAUAAACCGAGUUGUUUAUGAUGGGUUUUUUAAUAAAAAAGCAACAUGUACUUUUAUUUCAUUGUGAUUUAUCAGAAAAAUCCACCUGCAGAUGACAGACUCAUAGAAUCCUUUUAAUAAACGACAUUUACUCUGAGAAGGGACCAAUAUCCAGUUACUGAGAUGAGACUGGAUGCACACAAAUGCAGUAUUUCUGAACAUAUGCAGUCUUUUGGAUGUAUUUCAAUCGAUUUAAAUGUGUUAGAAGACAUUGAAAAGAAGCUGUCCAGGAUUUUAUUUGACUUAUUGAGCCUGAAAAAGGCCAAUCAGGUGCUUGAGUUUCUGCUUCUCAGUGAAGUGUGUUUACAGUCUUUUGGUGAUGGAAACCUGAUUGGUUAAGAACGACAUUAAACAUCUGGAAUUGCAUUUAUAGAAUCAAACAACUUGUUUCUUUAUCCUGCUCAUCUUUGGGUUCCUAAAC